GGGAUUCGGGUAAGAAAGGUUUUGAUGCGAGUUCGAUGACUCCCGAGAAGCCGAAGUUGUCUAGAGAGCAGAGAGAGAAUCUCAGGCUGAUGCAUGUGGAGAGAAAGAAAGACUUCAUUUGCAUUGAGAGAGUUAAGGAAAAGAUCGUUAACGUGCUUGAUGGACUUGAGUUACACACUGGUGUUUUUAGCGCAAAGGAGCAGAAACGGAUUGUAAAUGAAGUGUAUCAACUUCAAGAGAAGGGACGAAAAGGAGAACUUAAAGAGCAUACAUUUAAUGCUCCACGGAAGUGGAUGAGAGGCAAAGGACGUGUGACUAUACAAUUUGGCUGUUGUUACAACUACGCUAUAGAUAGAUCUGGAAACCCACCUGGUAUCCUUCAACGUGAAGAAGUGGAUCCAUUACCUCCUCUAUUCAAAGUGAUGAUUAGAAGGUUGAUUAAAUGGCAUGUACUGCCUCCAACUUGUGUGCCCGAUAGUUGCAUUGUUAACAUAUAUGAUGAAGGUGACUGUAUACCUCCUCACAUCGAUAACCAUGACUUUCUCCGUCCGUUCUGCACCAUCUCUUUCCUCAGUGAAUGUGAUAUCCUCUUUGGCUCAAACCUGAAAACUGAAGGUCCUGGUGAAUUCUCGGGUCCAUACUCAACACCGCUUCCUGUCGGAUCAGUUCUGGUGUUAAAUGGAAAUGGGGCUGAUGUAGCCAAGCACUAUGUACCUGCAGUUCCCACAAAAAGGAUAUCAAUCACAUUUAGGAAAAUGGAUGAAUCGAAACGCCCGGUUUACAAAUCAUGUGAGCUUUGAUCCACAACCAUUGAUGUUCCUGCUGUGAAUGAGACUGAACGUAUCGAUGGAUACAAUUUGAAAAGUUGAGAUUGUAUGAACGCUUAGAUAAAAGAUAAGCAAACAAAAAAAUCGAUAAGGUAUUAAUAAUUUUGUUUUUGUUUU